AACUGGGGGCUUUUUUUUGUUAGGGGCAGCCAUACAUAAAACAAAAAAAAGUAAAAAAAACUCCAAGGUAAUCCGCCCAUGACUGUCUGAUGUGAUGUUGUACAUCUCUAUUCAAACCCUUCCACCAAAACAACCCUUUAACUUUCUUCAAUGUAGCAUCCCUACCUGAGUGUCCUCCAGUGGCUGAGUUGUGCACCCAAAUCAGGAUUUGGGUUUUUAGAUUGGAAUUUGAUGAUGAAACCCGGAGCUGCAAGUAUGAUUGGGCCCUCCCUUCCUCUACAAGUGUUAAUAUCAUGCAUGGUUCUGUUAGGGAAUUUGAAAAUCAAUUCAAAGUGAUUCCAAAUUUGUUUGCUGUAGUACAAUCUUUGAGGAUGUGAUCAGAGUGUGUUCAGGCCUAAAGACAGAGAUUAGGUCUCGAAGGGAGAUGGAUACUGAUUCUGGUGAGAUUCUCAGCAAAAAGGUCUAGUAUAGAUCAUAUUAUAUGUCAAACACCCAAUUAUUGAAGAAUAUGGAACACAUGCAAUAUGCUCAUGCUCCUCAGCGGCAGUCUACAAUUUUAUGUGGUUUGCAAAUGGUGUAAUCCCGAGUUUAACAUCAUUAACCUUAAAUCAGAGUUUAAUUAUAAAGAAAGGACAAAUAAGCAAACAUAUUACUAAGAUGGGGGCCAAUUUAUAAUUUUGAUAAGUUUUAAUGUUGAUAGAGGGCUGUAAAUGUGGGAUGGGGAGAACCGGGGAUUGGAAAGAACGUGGUUCGGCCACUUCUUUGAUUGACGGUUUGGAGGGAGUGCUCGCAAUUUCGAUCAUAAUUGGGCACAAAGACAGAAGGAUCCGGGACGGACUACUUCUUCGCCGAGUGGUUCUCCCAUUGCCACAGCAGCGGUGGACGAAAGCUCCGGGUGGCGAAGCAGAGCCAAACCUCCGGCGAACCCUAGUCUUCGUCCGAUAGUCGUGAACGAGGGCUUAUUCCGGUCCUUUUUCUUCAUCCUUCUUUGUUAAGUAUUCCAAUCCAAGCUUUUCACUAAUUUCUUAGUUUUGUUUACUCUACUUUGGUGUUCAUUGUUGGAUUACUUUCUUUUAAUAUUGAUGUGUUCUUGCCUUAUGGGUUUGUUUCUUGAAAUCAUGAGUGGCUAAAUAUCUAGGUUUGGGUGUUGGAUUGUUAAGGGUUGAUGAAUAGUAUGUUUUGAUUCUCAUUAGAGAUAAUUUGUGGUUUAAUCAUAGAUUCUAGAUGUAUGGUGUCUCUAUUUGAUGUGAGCUUUGGAUCUUUGAAUUGGAAAUUAGCUUGUGCUUCAUGCCUAAUUGCAUUGACAUUUGUGGUGAGUUUGCAAUUUGAUAUCCUCUGUCACUGGAUUUGAAUAAAUUUUAGUUUGUGCAUAUAUAUUCCUAGUCCUUAUUCGAAGCUUUUUUUUUUAAUUCUCUCAUUUAUUAUUAGUUGUGAGAUUGUUGGUGUAUGUGUAUAUUGCUGGCCUAGAUGCAUUGGAUCUCAAAAUUGUGGACAACUGGACAUAUUUGAAUUCUUUAUUCCAAUUUUGUCCUUAUAUCCAACAACUUAGGAAAUUUGCUUAAUGAUUACCUGAUAGCUACUUUACAAGUGGUUCACAGUUUUUUUUGAAGGUUCACUUGCUCUGACAGACAAUAUUUUGAACACUUUAUGCAAUCUAUGUAUUAUUUGGGUAAUUUCUGUGUUUUUUCAAUUUGGUGCUAAAUUUACAGAGCUGGAGUUUCUUAUUGUUAUUACGAGUAUUAUUUUUUUUAUUUAAUUCAAGCAAAGUAGUCAUUCCUCAUUAGUGGCAGUAUGAUGAAUUGGAACAAAAUAGUUUGGGUGUCUAAGAUUUUCUUUUGGCGCAGCGGAGGUUUUGGCAGGAUCUGCAGCAUGGCUUGGUAGAGGGCUUUCAUGUGUUUGCGUUCAGGCAAGAGAGGGUGAUACUCAUCCCUCGUUUAAUUUUACACCUGCUUUCAAGUACUCCCUCCUUGAUAAUUGUUUAAUAUAUGAACAUUAUGGCUUGAUUUUUGUUUGAUUGUUGGCAAUUUUUGCUUGUCAAUUUAUGGGAGUUUGAGUUCCUCGAUCUCGUUCUGAACGGUGUGCCUUGAAGGAGGAGAAAGCAAAAAGAUUGAAAAUUGAACAAGAGCAUGAAGAAACAAAAGAGAAACUCUAGAAUUUAGAAGAUGUAGUGCCAUUGCUUUUAAAUACCCUGGUUCAAUAGCUAAUCAAUCUGAAUCGAUGAUCUUACAAUUGAUGGUAAUGCAACCAGUGAGAAAAGGCAUGAUGAGGAUCGAUGGAACAAAGAUGAAGCUGAGAGCGAUGAACUUGAAGAUAUGUAGACAGUGACGAGCAUUAAAGCUUUGAACUAUAUCUUCCAUAUCAAUGCGUAUUUUAAUUUAUUUAACUUUGACUGUUUAUACUUUAGCUUGAAACGUACGCAAAUGAUGAACUAAUUUUGAGAUGCUGGUUUACUUUCUAGUAAAUGGGUUAGUUGUAA